AUGGAAUCAGCUUCGGGAUCAGCGUUGCUGAGUGCCGACGACGUGCGUCAAGCGCAGGCCAUUUGGUUGGCCGACGAGAAAGUUGCUAGAGGGAGUGCCGAAAUACUUUCCAGUGUGUCCAAGUGCGAAUCCAGCAUCUUGCCCCGGGUGAUACAGACGCACCAGGACGUGAAGUCGUUGCGCGCGGCGAUGGCGAAUCUCAGCACGGCGAUUGAUCCGAGUGCCGUGACCUUGAAACUGCAGGAGACUGCAGUGAACGCAGAAACAACGGCGCUCCGCAUCGGGGCGUUGGAAGCGGGACUGGGGAGCGUGGCAGAGGCCGCGACGGCGGGGAACCUGUUGGUGGAGAAGCUCAACAAGUUCGAGGCGAAGAUGGAUGCAAUCCAGGCGGAACUGAAGGAAACGAAGGCACAGGUGGCGCAAGUAGACAAAGAAAUGUGCCGCUGCGUCAUUAUGUAA